GGAAAUGGCACCCUCUUUGGACUUCUUGAGAAAUGUUUGAAGGAGACGAUGAGUGAGCUUUUGAUGUUGAAAUUUGGUCGAAAGAGGCUUGAGCUGCCACGCACAGGGGGACUGAGUUGGAAGCCCAAGCAAGGGCUUACUUUCGAUAAUAAGAGAGUUGGCAAAGUUUGAUGCCUUCAAGGAGAGAGCAGCUGACACUUGGGCAGCAGUGAAGUUGAUCGAUUGGUAAUGACAAAAAAUGAGUAGCCAUCACGGUCCGGUUUGGUGGACCCGUCAGGCAGAGCAGCCCAAUAAAUUCACUCUCUAGUUUGAAGCACCUGUUCGAAAUCAGAGCUUUGUGUUGCUGGGUCCAAAAAAUGAACAAAGAGAUGAUCCAAUCCUCAGUAGAUUCUUUAGCUUCAAAUAUCCAGCCAUGAUUGCUAGCACUUCUUCCCCCGAAAAGAGGAUUAAAAUUUGAAAUGCCACUCAAACAGGUGCUGAACCAUUUACCCAAUGCCAAAUGAAUGCCCAAGGGUAGUGUUUCUUGUCCUCCCUACAAAAAGCACCAUGAUUGGCAAGGAGAAAAUCCAAGGAUAAAAGUUUUGCAAGCAAUAGCCAACGAUCGGGUGCCCACGGGCAACGCGAAACAAACACCAUUAGAUAGACCCACUGUGAAGAACCCGGUGGAGGCAGGACCCCCAAACGAUAAUGAUCAUUUCCUGAUUCGGGGAGCACCUUAGCACGAUUGAAAGGCCUCUAUCAUGCUCUCUGUAGUUGUAUAUGUGCAUUUGAAGGAAUUGCGCUUCCCAGGGCGCGUUGGUAUGUGUUCUUGAAAUCUUGACAGAUCCAUGUUCCCAUCCAUUCAGCAGACAGAAGAGCCUCGAUUGAUGGACUGAAAUGGUGAUGUUAGGACAGAGGGUGUGUGUGGGGUAAAUGCGUAGAGUUGGAAACAAUGGGAGGGAGAGGGGGAGGACGUGUGGGUAGUGGAGUUGUUGUGCUGGAGAACCGAACCUCUCCACGUCGUGCAGCCAUUGAAAAGGCUCAAGCGGAGCUCAGGGUGGAAUUUGAUGUGAGACAGGAAAGGAGAAGGGAACUAGAGUUUCUUGAGAAGGGUGGCAAUCCCUUAGAUUAUAAACUUAGGCUAGCAGCUUCUGUUAGUCUUCAAUCUACCUCACUCACGGAUCAGCCGCCAGAACAUUGUUUGGCAAGCGAAGCUAGAGGUAGCUUUGUGCUGACUGCAUCACCAAAUGGAGAUUCUGCUGAAAGCAGCGGGAGGCUGGGAGCUCUUCUCGGAGGAGAACCAAAUACUGCUGAUAAUCUAUCGCUCUUUGUUGGUGAUAAUGAUAUUCCGGCCAGGGAGAAGUCAUCUUCCUCUAGGAAAUAUAAUGUUGAAGGGAGCCAAAAUAAUAACAAUGCAAGGGAAUCUGAGGACUCAGUUGGUGUCCGCCUUGGGUUUAAAAAUCAAGCCUAUGCUCGAAGGAACAGGCCCAGGUCUAGUCGUAACAGUGGGAAAACACAUAAUUCUGUCGACACAAUCCAAGGGGGCAAUAGGUCUUCGACUGUACCGCUAUCGUCCCACCAGGAUGGAAAAUUAUUUCUAUGUGAGGUUCAAAUGGAUAAGAACCACAGUGUGUCUGAUGUCAAGCCUACGAGUGCUAAUGAUGUGAAUGGAAAGAUGCAGCUGCUUGCUGAUCGAAUGGAUAUGGAGGUGGAUGAUGUGCAGGCACCGGCUGAGAGUAGUCUGAACCUGCUAAAAGACCUAAGUGUUGAAGUGAAGCAAAACACAGCUGCCUCUGAGAAGCCUCAGGAUAAUGAAGUUCAUCAUUCUUUUGAGAAGAUAGUUGGGGAAGACCCUAAUUCUGAGGCUUUUGCACCAUCGGGCAAAAGAGCAGUGCAACCUUUGGUUUGUCUUCAAGUAGCAGUCCAAGUAGGAGAAUCCAAGAACAUGGAAAUAGCUCAUGAAGGCCUACUUGAUUACACGAAUGAAGAUGGGAAUGGAAUGGAAAAUGAGAAGAGGAGCAGCCAUGACUGUGCUCUUGGCACUGUUACUGUAGAGUUUGCUAACGGUUUGGAUUCAGAAUCCUCUUGUACCCUUAAGAGUCUCAGUUGCAAUGGUGGUGUUGUAAGAAAGCAAAACAUACAAUUGGGUAGGAGUCAUAGUUUUAAUGGAUCAGCCAACCGACAAGCUUUAACAUCCGAAAAGAUCCCUACGGCAACAGCGACCAUCAAUGAUAUCAAAGAAUGCGUGAAAUCCAGCGAGACUGAUGCAAAUGUGACCUCGGAAUGUAAUAAUCCUGUUCUCAGGAGUUCUGGUAGCUCUGAUGUCCAAAUAAAAAUUGAGCUUGAAAUAUCUGAGAGUAGAUCUGAUUCUCAACUUGAAAAGAAACAUAUUGCAAAUGCUAGGGAGACAGAAUCACAGAGUCUGGAAGAGAGGUUGGACAAUUAUUCAGGUCAUGAAUGUUGCCCAGAAAAGCCAACCUUUUGUUCUCAAGCCAGGGCAUCCAGCUCUUCGGUACCCACUAGCUCUGUGCCGUCUGAAAUUAUCGUUUCCCGGAUGGAAUGUCCUACAGUUGCUGCUGAACCUGACAAUCAUGGGAAAGACAGAGACUUAAAAAUGACAGAUAAAGUGCUUCAAGAUGAGUUCGCUAGAGAGAUUCCCCUGAAGACAUCUGAACGGUUGACAUUGAAACAAAGAAAGUCCCAUUGGGACUUUGUUCUCGAGGAGAUGGCUUGGUUAGCACACGAUUUCAUGCAGGAACGCAUUUGGAAGAUCGCUGCUGCAGCCCAAGUAUGUCAAUGGGUGGCUUCAAGGUGCCAGUUAGAUGAGAGGAAGAAGAAAGUUGCACAGACGUUAGCAAAUGCCGUCAUGCACUUCUGGCAUGUAGCUGAGGUUAUUCAUAGCAGGAUUUGCGGCUCUUGCAAUGGAUUGCAUGAAGUGUGCAGUGAAGAAUCCUCUCGUUUGGAGAAUGAAGACGAUUGUCGAUCUAAAAAUGACCUGAUUCAAGAUUCGAAACAUGUGCAGACUUCGGGAUCUCCACUUCAGGGUUAUGCACUGAGGUUUCUGCAGUAUCAUAAUUCACAGGACACUAGCGAUGGAGCUGAAGCCCCUGUUACCCCUGAGCAGGUGUCAGAUGCUCGAGUUUUGGAGAUCUCAUGGGAUGACCAAUGUUCAGAUGAAACCCUUUUUUACAUGGUGCCACAAGGUGCAAUGGACAUCUAUCGAAGUUCCACAGAAGUUUGUUGGGCAUCUUGUGAGAAACCUGAGAGCGUGACGCAUCGAGAGGAUAGUGAAACUUUUUCGUGGUUUGAUGCUGCACCAGAUUUUGGAGCUCGAGAGAUUGCAGUUGAUGAGGAUGAAGGUGAAACUGAAGAACAUUGUUUGCCUAGUUCAUUUGAUGGUAGCAAGUCAUCGAAAACUGCUUUGCAGAAAAAGAAAGGCCUUCCAAAGUUUGCAAGAUCUGGUGAUGCCAGAGUUUUAAAUAUGUUAUCUUAUGGGCUCUGUUCGGAAAGUAAGUAUGAGAACCAACCAUUGUUGGCUGGAAAGAGGGCAUCGAGUUCUUUAAAUGUUGGGUCUAUUCCUACAAAACGCAUUCGAACUGCUGCUUCACGGCAGCGGAUUCUCGGCCCAUUUGGUAUGGGAACUACUGGAGGGGCUCAUGCUGCCAAUAAAACAGAUGCAUCAAGUGGUGAUACUAGUUCAUUUCAAGAUGAGCAUAGUGCGUUGCAUGGUGGUUCUCAUACCAGGAGAACUAUUGAAGUUGAUUCAACAGUAGAUUGCAGAAAGCAGUUGCCUGUUGAUUGUUCAGAAGUAUCUACUAAAUCUAAAAAAAAGAAGAAGAUCAGGCAUAUGGGAUUUAGAAAUUCAAUGACAUUAACAGAUUCUGGGGGUUUGGGCUCUGAGUACGAAUCGAGAUGGCUCAUUGAUUCCAUCGGCCAACAUCAACAGCGGGACCAUUCAAAGAAGAUGACAGAAAGCCAUCUAUAUGAAGCUAAUGUAAACAGUGGUGUGCUCGGAGCUGCAAAGAAAUCUAAACUUGCUCAGCAAUCACAAGAUACAUCUCCAGAAACCACGACGCCAGCAACAGCAUCAAUGCCUUCUCCAGUUGCUUCUCAAAUGAGCAAUAUGUCCAAUCCAAAUAAGCUCAUAAGAAUGAUUGCUAGUCAGGAUCGAAGCCGAAAACCUAAAACACUUAAGUUACCUCCUGGACAACCAGGGUCAGGAGCACCAUGGUCUACCUUUGAGGAUCAGGCACUUGUUGUCCUUGUACAUGAUAUGGGGCCAAACUGGGAGCUAGUGAGCAAUGCUAUAAACACUACCUUACAAUUCAAGUGCGUGUUCCGGAAACCUAAGGAAUGCAAAGAGCGCCACAAAAAUCUUAUGGACAGAAAUUCAGGGGAUGGUGCAGACAGUGGGGAAGACUCAGGCUCUUCUGAACCAUAUCCCUCUACUUUACCAGGCAUUCCAAAGGGAAGUGCCAGACAGUUGUUUCAGCGUUUACAGGGACCAAUGGAAGAAGAUAUUUUGAAGGCUCACUUCAAAAAAAUUAUACUGAUUGGGCGGCACUCGUGUAGGGGACAGAUUGACAACCAGGAGCAUAAACAAAGCACUCCAGUUCACCAUUCUCAUGCUUUUGCCCUUUCCCUAUUAUUGCCAAAUGGAGGCUGUCUGACCCCACUUGAUCUUUCUGAUACAACUAUACCAAGUCCAGAACCCCUUCCACAUGCCUAUCAGGGGUCUCAUUCGAGUGGUCUAGCAAAUCUUCAGGGAGCUGUUGGACACGUUCAAUCUACUUCAGCAUCAGCCUCCAUACUACAAGUAUCUGGUGGUGCGGUACUUGGCAAUGGCUUGCCUUCCCCUCCUGGGGCAUUCAACACACCUACGAGGGAAGUGCAGCGCUAUCCCUUAAUGCGACCAACAACAUCUAUUACUUUGGAUGAACAGCAACGAAUGCAACAGUACAACCAACUGGUUUCAAGCAGAAACAUCCUGCAGCCCAAUUUGGCUGCUCCUAAUGGCCUGCAAGACUGUGGGGGCGUUCGCAUGUCACCACCUGGUGGUGGGAAUAAUAUGGGCAUUAUUUGUGGGUUGAACCAAUUGAUGCCCCCCAUGCAAAGGCCAGGUGGGUACCAGGGAAUGAAUUCACCACCCGCCGUGAUUUCUGGACCAAGCAGCAUGCUUUCUGCCAGUGGGAUGCCCAACCCCAUAAAUGUUCACCUGGGACAGGGGAGCUCCAUUUCAAGACCUCGAGAGGCCUUACAUAUUCUACGGGCCAGUCAAACUCCCGAGGACCGGCGGCAGAUGAUAAUCCAAGAGCUUCAGCUGCAAGGGAAUGUGUCAUUCAACAAUAUGAGUGCACCAUUCUCUAAUCAGAUGGUCUCUCCAUCGCCAUCGCCACCGCCACUGCCACCACCACCUGCACAAGCUCAGACCUUCCCAUUACAGCAGCAUAAUCAACAACCGUCAUCGCUUGGGGUGAGCAACCACCACUCUCAUCAAGUACAGCAGCCGCAAGUUCCUUCUAAUCAGAGUCAAUCUCAGGCGUACAUGCUUCGCCUUGCUAAAGAGAGGCAGCAGCAGCAGAGGCUUCAGCAGCAGUUCACAUCAGGUAGCCCAUUAUCUAUGGCUCCCCAUCCUCAUCUCCAGCAUCCCCAACAUGUCAUCCUUCAACAACAACAGGCGCCGCAGCCUCCUCAUCAGCCUUUAUUGGCAUCAUCAUCAUCACCCACUCCAUCCAUUAGUAACCCCAUCUCUUCUCAACAGAAACACCAGCUCGUUGCUGUGCCACCCGGAGGACAUCAAGUUGUUGGUCCUAACCAAAUGUUAAAGCAUCAUCAUCGACAGCGGCAGCAGCAACUGCAGCAGCAUAGGCAACAUCAGCAGCAGCAGCAGAGGCAGCAGGCCAAGCAGCAGCAGCAACUUAUGAAGGGACCUUCUCUAGGAGGAGGAGGAAGAGGUGGAGGCAACAUUAUGAAGCUUGCUGCUAUUGAUACCACCACCUCUCACCACCUCAAUGGCCUCUCGGCAGCAGGGAGUCAUCAAGUUGCUGCUGACAAGGGAGAGCUGUCGGUCAUUCAUAAUAAUAAUAUGAUGCAAAACCAACAACAUUUGUUUACUGCUGGUGGCUCUGGUCCAAAUUCAGGUAAGCACUCAAUGAUGCACCAUGUGCACACGAAUGGUGGUGGUGGGAAGGUGGUAGGACCACCACCACCGGCAGCAGCUGGUGCAAUUCCUCCAGCUGCAUCAUCAUCGUCGUCGUCGUCGACCACAGCCACCACCACUACACACCCUCAUCAUCAACAGAAGCAGCAGCAGUUCUCCUCCAACAGGUUGUCUUCUGCUGCUUCUUCUGCCUAUACCCCAUCUAAGCAACAACAGUUGAAUCCAGAUGGUACCAACACCACCCCCAAAUCUCAUCAUCCUGGCACAGCACGGGUUCAGAUCCCAGUCUCUUCCAAUCAUAACAACAGCAGCUGCUUUUCAAUGCCACCAUCAACAUCACAACAACAAAACAACUCUCCUGUUGUAACUAUGACUCAACAACAAUUAGUGGCCCCCACUUGUUCACCUCCACUAACUUCCCCUGCUACUGUUGGGCCUUUGCAGCAAAGACAGUCUCAGCAACCUCCUCCUCCUCCUCCUGUUCCUCUUCAGAGAAGGCUGCAGCAGCAGCAGAACCGCCAAGCAGCAAGCUCAGAUGCUCCUCACAUAAUGCAAUCAUCACCACUGGAUCAUCAUCAUCAUCACCAGCAUCAACUAACUCAGGCAAUUAACAACACAGCAUUUCAAAAUACACCAACAGUGAGUACGACUACAGAUGCUGUGAAUGUCUCCUCCACUGCUCAGUGGAAGUCAUCGAUAGAGCCAUCACCACCCUAUGCUGCUGCUGCUCCUCAGCUCCCCACCCACCAAUUGGCAGCAGCUGCGGCGAUGGCUACCUCUCCGCAGCCUCCGACUUCUGCAGCUGAUGCAGUGUUUCCCCUGCCUCCUGCCUCAGAAGGAUUGCUUGCAAGACAGUAUUCUGGUGGUGGUCAGUGGCAGCAGCCUCAGAAUCAACAGCAGCCACAGCAACAACGUGGUGGAGCACAAAGUCCCAUCUCUUCUAACACCACCACCACCAGCUUAUAUGUUGGCCCACCAACUUCGAGAAGCUGAAUAACAACUAACAUAGCUCAACUGCCUGCAAACUAGCUAUAGCCAUUUAUUCCUUGGAUCAGUAGCAACAUGAAAGCAAGCAUUGUUAGCAUACUUAUGAAAACCAAUGGGGUAGCUUGGAAGGGGUCUGGAUGAAGAUGAAGCUCUGCUUUCUGGCAUUUUCAUGACAUGACGCUUCUGGCCAUCUUGUAUCGGCACCAUCCAUCUUUUUUUUGUUUUGUAUAAUUCUUUGUAGUUUAAAUAACUUUUCUUAGAUAUUUUGCCCCCAUUUCAGCGGGUAAGUAUCUUCAAUACAGGUUCACAUCAUGUAUAGCCAAUGUAUGUUUUCGGGUUCUGUACAUCAUCGUCAUCAUCAAUCAGGCAUGUAUUUAAUCCCUGUUUUGGAUGGAAACAGGCCAAGUGUAAGCUAUAAAAGUGCAAAUAAUGAUA